ACUUUGGACCUUACAACAAAUUUGUUUUGCCUGUAGGUGAUAAAAUAUACAGAAGGGCUAUGCUGGGUUAUGCACUAUUAUUAUGAAGGUGUUUGUUCCUGGCAGUGGUUUUAUCCCUAUCAUUACGCACCAUUUGCUUCUGAUCUUAAGGAUCUUGGCCAGUUGAAUAUCACAUUUGAACUAGGUUCACCUUUCAAGCCGUUCAAUCCGCUGUUGGGGGUCUUCCCUGCUACCAGUGCUCAUGCUCUUCCGGAGCAGUAUAGGAGGUUGAUGACAGACCCAACUUCGCUCAUUAUUGAUUUUUAUCCUGCCG